AUGGUCACCUCAACAGCCUCCAACCUCGAGCGUGAGGACCACGCUCGCGAUGCUCAAUUCAACAAGGCCCUGCACGGUAGCAGUGCUCAGGCCACCGGUGGUCUUGCCGCCAUGUUCAGCAAGGGCAGUGAUGCGAAGCAGGCUGCCGUCGACGAGUACUUCAAGCACUGGGACAACAAGGCCGCAAAGGACGAAACUCUCGAGGAGCGCGCAGCUCGUACAGCUGAAUAUGCGACCUUGACCAGACACUACUACAACCUGGCGACCGACUUGUACGAGUAUGGCUGGGGCCAGUCCUUCCACUUCUGCCGCUUCUCCCACGGCGAGCCCUUUUACCAGGCGAUUGCCCGCCAUGAGCACUACCUCGCCCACCAGGUCGGCAUCAAGGAGGGUAUGAAGGUGCUUGAUGUCGGAUGUGGCGUUGGCGGCCCUGCCCGAGAAAUCGCAAAGUUCACCGGUUGCCACGUCACGGGGCUGAACAACAACGACUACCAAAUCGACAGAGCUACUCACUACGCUGCGAAGGAGGGCCUGUCGAAGCAGCUCGACUUCGUCAAGGGAGACUUCAUGCAAAUGUCUUUCCCCGACAACUCCUUCGACGCCGUUUACGCUAUUGAGGCCACCGUCCACGCGCCCAGUCUUGAGGGUAUCUACAGCGAGAUCUUCCGUGUUUUGAAGCCUGGUGGCGUCUUUGGUGUCUACGAGUGGUUGAUGACGGACGAGUACGACAACGAUAACCUGGCCCACCGUGAGAUCCGCUUGGGCAUCGAGCAGGGUGAUGGUAUUUCCAACAUGUGCAAGGUCUCUGAGGGUCUGGCUGCCAUGAAGACUGCCGGUUUUGAGAUGCUCCACCACGAAGAUCUUGCCGACAGGCCCGACCCCAUGCCGUGGUACUGGCCCCUGUCAGGCGAGCUCAAGUACAUCCAGUCCGUCUUUGACAUCUUCACCAUUGUUCGCAUGACCAAGGUGGGCCGGUUUCUCAUGCACAACGUGGUUGGUGGACUCGAGGCUCUCAAGAUUGCCCCUGCCGGUACCAAGAAAACGGCCGACAGUUUGGCAUGGGCUGGUGACUGCCUUGUUGCUGGUGGCAGAGAGCACCUGUUCACGCCUAUGUACCUGAUGGUCGGAAAGAAGCCCGCCAACUAG